AUGGCUGAGGGCAUGGCACUGGAUGUGCCGGCGCUCGAUGACGACCUGUACCGUGAUCGCGCGCGGACAUUUGCCGAGUUUCUCGACGAUCAGAGUGGAGUAACCGACUACCGCAGCGCCAUCCGGCGUAUGCUGGCGGCGGACGAGCGGCGUCUCAUCGUGAACGUGGACGACCUGCGCGCCUACAAUCGGGCGUAUGCGACGGGGCUGCUGGAUGAGCCAAACGACUUCCUACCUCCCUUCGAGCAUGCGCUGCAAGCGCUUGUGGAGCAGCUGCACGAUCCGCUCAAGGACGAUAUCCAGGGCAAGCUCUACCACAUUGGCGUGCGCGGCAGCUUUGGUGAUAAUCAUGUCAGUACGCGCAUGCUGCGCAGCACGCACCUCGGUAAGCUUAUGAGCUUGGAAGGCAUUGUGACGCGGUGCUCGCUCGUGCGCCCCAAGAUUGUCAAGUCAGUGCACUACUGCGAUGCGACGUCGCGUUUCCACAUGCGCGAGUACCGCGAUGCGACGAUGUACGGCAGCGGCCCGCCGACGUCUAGCACGUAUCCCACAACGGACGAGAGCGGAAACCGCCUCACGACCGAGUAUGGCCUGUGCACCUUCCGUGACCACCAGAUGAUCAGUAUCCAGGAAAUGCCGGAACGCGCGCCGCCGGGCCAGCUGCCACGCAGUGUGGAUGUGGUAAUGGACGAUGACCUUGUCGAUAAGGUGAAACCGGGCGACCGCAUCCAGCUCGUCGGUAUGUACAAGUCGCUCGGGAACCGCGUGGGGCAGAGUACCACGUCGACAUUCCGCACGCUCAUGGUCGGCAACUAUGUGUUUGUGCUCUCGAACAAGGCGGGCGGCGGCAUCUCGCAGAUGGCACUGAGUGACCUAGACAUCCGCAACAUUAACAAGAUUGCGCGGCGCCGCGGCGUGUUUGACCUGCUGGCCGAGUCGCUCGCACCCUCGAUAUACGGGCACGAGUACCUGAAGAAGGCCGUGCUGCUCAUGCUGCUGGGCGGUCAGGAGAAGAACUUGCCGAAUGGGACGCACAUUCGUGGCGACAUUAAUGUUCUCAUGGUCGGCGAUCCCUCAACGGCCAAGAGCCAGAUGCUCCGCUUUGUGCUGAAUAUGGCGCCGCUGGCGAUUGCCACGACCGGUCGUGGCAGCAGUGGUGUCGGUCUGACCGCGGCGGUGACGACGGACCGCGAGACGGGCGAGCGCCGUCUUGAGGCUGGCGCUAUGGUGCUCGCUGAUCGCGGCGUAGUAUGCAUCGACGAGUUUGAUAAGAUGUCCGAUGUGGACCGCGUCGCGAUCCACGAAGUGAUGGAGCAGCAGACUGUCACCAUCGCCAAGGCCGGCAUUCACACGACGCUCAAUGCGCGCUGCUCCGUGAUUGCCGCGGCCAACCCGAUCUAUGGACAAUACGAUGUGCACAAGGAGCCGGGCCGCAACAUUGCGCUCCCUGACUCGCUGCUAUCGCGUUUUGACUUGCUCUUUGUCAUUACCGACGACAUUGACGAGGUACGCGACCGCCGUAUUUCGGAGCAUGUGCUGCGCAUGCACCGCUAUGUGCAGCCGGGCCAGCCCGUGGGCGUACCGGCCAAGGACAGCUUGGACCAGGUGCUCGACGUGGGCGGCGGUUCCGAGGCGCCUGAGCCGGCCGAGGCGCCUGAGGACGAGUCGCCGUUCGAGAAGUACAACCCGCUGCUGCAUGCCGGCAUCGACAGUGGGCGUGCCGAAGUGCUGUCGAUGACGUUCCUCAAAAAGUACUUGCAGUACGCCAAGUCGCGAGUCGCGCCGGUGCUCAGCCCUGGCGCGGCGGCGUGGAUCUCGAAUGUGUAUGCCAACCUGCGGAACGACGAACAGGGCGGAAAUGUGCGCCGCACGGCGCCGCUCACAGCGCGUACGCUCGAGACGCUCAUUCGUCUGGCGACAGCGUAUGCCAAGGCGCGGCUCAGUGCGACAGUCGAGGAACAGGAUGCCGAGGCCGCCGAGGCCCUCCUUCGGUAUGCGCUGUUCAAGGAGGUCAUGAAGCCCAGCAGGGCCAAGCGCCCGCGCACCUCACGGGCAGACAGCUACGAAAGCGACGACGACGACAUGGCCUGGGACGAGGACGAGGCAGACCGCCAGUUGGGCGGCCAGCCAUCCGCGACGCCGGCGACAACGUCGACGUACGAGGUGCCCGAGUCGGAGCUGCAGGCAUUCCGGGCGCGCGUGGCGGAGGCACUGUCGUCCACGUUUGCGGACGAGGAGUUUGUGGAACUACCUGCGCUGCUGCAGGCUGUGAACGCGGCGGGCCCGCCGUUCGAGAUGGAGGUAGCGCGCACUGCCCUGGAGGCGAUGAGUGAGGCGAACCAGAUUAUGAUGGCCGACGGUACGUCUGCUGCCCUGACCACAGAUGUCGUGUACAAGAUCUGA